AUGUUGCCUGUAUUUCACGCUGAUAACUUCAAGGCAUGGACUCCACCUUUCCGCACGAGACCCCCCUCCAAACACUCACGCCUACACCCUCCUUCCAAUGAGUCCCCUGCCAUCAAACUUCAUCAUUCACCCCUCCCCAAAGCAUUGCCAUUGCCCAAGCAUCAGCUCCCGGUGCGGCCUCCAGCCGAGGUUUGCGUUCAUGCAAGUGCCGUGACCCCAUCUGGCACCUUCAGGGGCCCUCAGUCUCCGCCCCAGAAGCCAUCUAGGCUGCACUCUGCCAAAACGACACCCGCCACAUCAUCCGACACGCAGCACGCAGAGCGGCUGGAACAGUCUCCGAGAAACAGAGCUAGUCCAUCAUCAAAUCCGGAUUUAGCCACGUCACGCAAAGUUCACGAUGCCAUUGAUGCCUCAAUUGAUGCGCCCUUUUCCCCAGAGGAUGCCCUGAGAUACAUAUCGUCACCCAGUGUAUCCAGCUCGGACGAGAGCUGGCAAGAGUUUCUGCAACCGGCAGACGAACAAAAUGGCAUUCCGAUCGACCCGGUGAUCCUCACAAACAAUGGGCCCUGGGAGACAGAUGAUGAACGCCAGCAUAUUCACGCGGACGGCGAUAGCGCCGUCUCGGAGACCAUUUGUCGAUAUCCCAACCCUCCACCACUUCUCCGCGACACGCUUGCUGAGAAUAGGAACUCCAGCACAUGUCCUGAAUCGCAGGAAGGAAACCCUCGGUCAGAUAGCCCGCUAAACAACCAAUCACACGCACAAGUAUUUGCCGAUAACAACCCCGAAGCUCACAUUCGUGUGUCCAGCAACCGCCUCGAAACCCUAACCAGCGGCCAACAGUCGAAACCCCGCAAGCGAAAGUUGCAGCAGUCGCAUGGACAACCACAACUGUGCAAACGGGCCAGAGGUUCUUCUGCAACCGUCUCGAAGGAGAAUUCUUUUUCAUCGCUUCGUUCUCACUUCACAUCUGUAUCGGUUGAUGAACGCCUACAAUUUCUUUCGUGGCUGUUCGAAGGCGCACUACCACGCUGUGUAUCUGAAUCCGAUCCAAAAGAACCUGACCGCGUAGCACGGCCAGCACUUCGCUUGUUGGAUCAGCCAGCUGAUUCCACGGAGCUUUAUGGAACCUCCCGGAAAGGCAUGCCGUGGUCAUCUGAAGAGGCGAACCUCCUAUUGAGGUUGAGAAGGGACGAGAAACGAACUUGGUCGGAUGUGACAAGGAUUUUUUCGGAGCAAUUUCCAGGCCGGAGCCAGGGCUCCAUUCAAGUAUUUUGGAGUUCGGCCCUCAAGAAUAGAGCACAUUAA